AUGAAAGAAAUACUAGAGUUGUGCAUGAAAAGCUUGGAAUGCUCUCAUCCAUCAUUCAUGGAUAACAAGUGUUCAUGGACAUUCGAUUGUGGCGAUCCUAUCAAGUUACCCUUUCGAUUCAUCCAUCCCAACUUAACCCUCAAUCUUGAUGAAGUUACACAUAUUCAAUAUGAUUAUACUCAAGUCUUGUUUAACCGCAAGAAGCUUCACUUAGUUCUUGAUUUGGACCAUACCCUAAUUCAUGCAAGAAAGAUCAAGAAGUUCAAGUCUAAGCAUAGACGACAAAACAUAAGAGCCAUGAUGUCGUACGAUGAUAUUUCCGAGUUUAAGCUUUCGAGUGGUGAGGAGUUUGUUGUGAAGUUAAGGCCCGGUGUACAUGAGUUCCUUGAGAAAGUUAGCACUAUGUUCGAUUUGUCGAUAUGUACCAUGGGAACCCGUGAGUAUGCUCACAAGGUGGUUGAAAAACUCGGUGGAUUGGAUAAGUUUUUGUGGGUGAUCGCUAGGGAAGAUUGUGUGAAGGCGAAUCAAAAGGCGUUGGAUGUGGUGUUAUCAUGUCGAGAAGCAACAUUGAUUGUUGAUGAUACCGAAAGUGUUUGGGAGGAAUCUUGUAAGGCUAACCUAAUAAAAAUAAAUCCGUAUGAUUAUGAUUUUGUUCCUUUAGAGAAAGAGAAAAAGGUGUUAUUGGAUAGGGAGCUUGCUAGGGUUCUUGAUAUAUUAAGGGGUGUUUAUAAUGGAUUUUAUGAUGGUGGUAAUGAAAAGGAUGAAUCUGCUAAGGAUGCAAGAAAAGAGCUUGAAAAGGUUAUGAUAAGCCGGCCGGAAUUAGGUUGUUCGAAUCAAGAACAACAUGACAAAGAUGAAAAGCUUGGUGUUGAUGAAGUUGUAGCAACGAGCAAGCCAAAGAGAUUAAGAAUUAGACUAAAUUGA